UAAUUCUAAUCUUUUUCUCCCAUUGAUACGAGCAACUUCGAAGGGGACUCUGCUCUUCUUUUUUUUUUUUAAUUGGGGGAACGAAUUUGAUCCGCGGCUUUCAAACUCGCGUGAGUUGCAAUUUUUUCUUUAUUGGGUCGGCGAUUUAGGGUUUUGAUGCGUUGAAUUGCGUAGACUGUUUCCCUCCUCUCUGUGAGACAUUCUGGGUUCCGAAAGAUUCGAUUUUUGAUAUUAAAAAGUUUAAAAAGAUGUGAUUUUGAUUAUAACCCCCAGUCUAAUUCGUGUCUUGUUUACUCAUAAUGCAGUUCUCACCACUGCCAUUGGAUCAGUGUUUGGUAUCUAUGGAACACUUGUUUUGGUGAAAGUGCCUUCCUCUUGCUUGAUGUGGAGAUAUUGAACUUUUUGCUUUCACUGUUUUCAAAAUGGAGUGGAGAGGAAUCAUCUGCACUCUCUUCUUUAUUCUUUCCAUUGGAGAGUCCUCAAGCAGAUUCCAGAUGAUUUGGCUUCCUAACCUCGGUGCUGGUGUUGACGUUGCUGGAACAUACUUCACUUGGCCAAUCUUAAGUGCCAGCGUUUUCGUUACUGUGGCCAUCCUCAUCUCCAUGUAUCUCAUCUUUGAGCACCUAGCUUCUUAUAAUCAGCCUGAGGAACAGAAGUUUCUUAUUGGACUUAUUCUCAUGGUCCCUGUCUAUGCCCUGGAAUCGUUUCUGUCUUUGGUGAACUCAGAAGCAGCUUUUAACUGCGAGGUGAUUCGCGAUUGUUAUGAAGCCUUUGCACUCUACUGUUUUGAGAGAUACAUGAUAGCUUGUCUAGAUGGAGAAGAACGUACGAUUGAAUUCAUGGAACAGCAGACAGUGAUCACCCAGACCACUCCUCUUCUCGAAGGCACAUGUUCUUAUAAAGUUGUGGAGCAUCCUUUCCCAAUGAACUGUUUCCUUAAAGACUGGAACCUUGGUCCUCAGUUUUAUCACGCUGUUAAAAUUGGCAUCGUUCAAUAUAUGAUACUGAAGAUGAUCUGUGCUCUAUUAGCAAUGCUCCUUGAAGCCUUUGGAGUUUAUGGAGAAGGCAAGUUCCAAUGGAACUACGGGUAUCCAUAUCUGGCUGUAGUCCUGAACUUCAGCCAAACAUGGGCAUUGUAUUGCCUUGUACAGUUCUACAACGUCAUCAAAGACAAGCUAGCACCCAUCAAACCAUUAGCCAAGUUUCUAACCUUCAAGUCUAUUGUAUUCCUCACCUGGUGGCAAGGCAUCAUCGUCGCGUUCCUCUUCUCCAUGGGACUCUUCAAAGGGUCUUUAGCUAAGGAGCUCAAAACGAGGAUACAAGACUACAUCAUCUGCAUAGAGAUGGGUGUUGCCGCCGUGGUUCAUCUCUACGUCUUCCCAGCGGCUCCCUACAAGCGCGGGGAGAGAUGCGUCCGCAACGUGGCGGUGAUGUCGGAUUACGCGUCUAUAGACACGCCUCCUGACCCGGAAGAGGUUAAGGACAGCGAGAGAACGACUAGGGUGAGGUACGGGAGGCAUGAUGAUGAGUGGGAGAAGCGUUUGAACUUCCCGCAGAGCGUGCGGGAUGUGGUGGUGGGGAGCGGGGAGAUCAUUGCUGAUGACAUGAGGUUCACGGUUUCUCACGUGGUGGAGCCGGUGGAGAGAGGGAUAGCGAAGAUUAACAGGACGUUUCAUCAGAUAUCUGAAAACGUGAAGAGGUUUGAGCAGAAGAAGAGGAGGAGUAAAGAUGAUUCGUAUGUGAUUCCGCUGAAUCCGUGGACGAAAGAGUUCUCUGAGGUUCAUGAGGAUCUCCAUGAAGGUGGGAGUGUGAGUGAUAGCGGUUUGGGGAGUACGAAGCGGCGUCAACAGUCUAGAGUCUCGGGACUGUGGAGUAGAAUGCGAAGGUGAGGACGAAAGAGUUCUCGUCUUCUUGACCAUUUUGACAAAAGAAGCUGUAGAUGUUUAUGAGAUGAUGAUGCUAAUGUGAUGGGUUACUUAUACAGAGGUAACAAACAGAUUGCUACUAACUAGAUUUCUCUGCUCUUGAUACAACUUUAUGGAGAAGUUAGAAUCUGUAUUUCGCUUA